AUGGCUGUUGGGGCAUGUAUUAUAGGGUUUCAAUCUUCAAUGCAGCCAGUCAUUGUUGUGGAUGUCACACAUUUAAAAUGUAAGUAUAAGGGUGUCCUUUUUGUUGCCAAUGCAUUUGACGAAUAUCGAAAUAUAUAUCUCGCUUUUGGAAUUGGGAAUUUAGAGACGGAUGCAUCAUGGCCUUGGUUUUUCGGUAAGCUUCAUGAAGUCAUUGGUGAGUGUCCAAAUCUUGUGAUUACUUCUGAUUGGAAUAUUAGCAUCGAGAAUGUGUGGCACAACAUUUUUCCAAUGGCACAACAUGGCAUAUGCUUUUACCAUAUGAAGGGGAACAUGAAAUGCACUUUCAAAUUGAAAAAAACGUGA